AUCCCUAGUCCUAUUAAUACAAAAGUCGACGUUCCACCCGUCCCGUUCCCCUAGUAUCACCUCGCUACGCGCCAGUUCGUAUCACCCGACCGAAUAAUCAAAAUGAAGUACACCGCUGCCCUCAUCGCUCUCGCCGCCGGCGCCCUCGCCCUUCCCCAGGAGGCUUCCUCCAUCACCAGCGCUCCGACUGCUUCGGUCUCUCUCACCCCUACUCAGAGCUGCCUCGCCUCAUGCUCUGCCGGCGACGUCACCUGCCAGGCUGCCUGCGUCGGUGUUGCCCGUCCCAACUCCUCCCAAGCCGUCGAGACCAAUGAGUGCGCUGCCAGGUGCGACCAGGGUGACGGUUCUCCUGAGGCCACCGAGGCGUACGCGAAGUGCCAACAGGACUGCUUCGCGAGCCUUUUCCCCAGCACCCAGACCCUAGCUCCUUUCGCCCCUGGCGCUGCUUCUUCGGGAGCUGCCGGUGCGAGUGCGAGCGGCUCCGGAGGCGCUGCUGCUACUGGUGGCUCUCCUUCCGGUACUGGUGCUCAAGCUACCGGGUCUGGCUCUGCGACUGGAUCUGCUGCCGAGGCAAGCGGAACUGGUGCUGCCAACUCCAACUCUGUCCAGAUCGUGGGCGCAGGUCUUGCCGGCCUCAUGGCUAUCUUCGCUUUGUAAAUUCGGCGCCAGGUAUCCAGUUUGUGGAUGAUAAUGGGUGGCUGUAGGGAGAAGGAAUGGUCCUGUCAGGUCAAUAAGCAGGCCGUUCGUGGGGUCCGGGGUUGUGUGAUGAAGGAAUGCCGUUUUGUCUUCAGUCCAUAUUCUUAAUGCACUGUUGCGGUAGUAUUCGGGGUCGAAGUCGGUAGCCGAGGGGGGUUGGUAGUUUGCUUAAUGGCAGUCGUGGAUCCAAAGCCGUGCCGAUUUUACUCAAGCGUGUCGUGAUGCUCGCCGGUGUUUUAACAAUAUCUACUCUCUCGCGGCAUGGAAUUCUUCGGAUAUAACGACGGGCGUAAUAGUUACCCUAUAGGUCUUCGCAGGUGCAUACAACACGUUCAAACGAUCUUGUCUGUAUGGCGAGCUCUUG